CAGAAUAUGUCAGAUAGUUUUCAGAUCUUAGUUUCAUCACGGCUUUAGAUACUUCAAUAUGUGUAUCUUAUAAUCAUAUGACCGAUGGCAGUUGUACUUUAUACUAUAGUAUGAUAUUAAUAUUAAAAUAUGCAAACUGUGAUUAUUGUUUAAUAGCCUCAGAGGUGAUAGGGUAUAAUAUCAAUUAACAAUCAAAAAAAAAAUUUUUUGAUUACUCAUUGUUUGAUUUCCACGAUUUUUUUUGGAAUUCUGAAUUUCCAUUCGCUGGACGAGCCAUUAAAACAUACAAUUUUCCGCUUACUGGUAUUUUAUUACAUUUUUUUGUGAAACGUCAUGUCCUACGUUGUAAACGAUAUCGAGGAUAAAUUUAGAGAUGUUUAUUUGCUCAGUAAAUUUGAUGAAGACCUUAACGAUGAUUUGAAAACUGCCAAGUCAAAAAGAAAAUGCUUGUACCAGGCAUAUUCCUUGGCCAACUCUUUGAAAGAAACUGAUUGGAUAUGGAGCCACAUGAGAUCUGAAUUAAAAUCUUACUCAAAUCUUAUUGACAAUAAAAAAGGUGUCAACAAUUUUAUAUCAGCUAUUGAUGAGUUAACAUUAGGAACUAACAAUGUAAGAAACUGGAAGAUGAAAACCAAGUUUGAUGUUACAGAACCUGUAAAUGAUUUUAAAAAAUCUAUUAAAUGUCCAGAUCUCAAAAACUGUAAGAUUGAACCAGGCAAAGAAUUUUACUUGAGUUUUCCAAAAAAUAACAAUGAUAUUAAAAAUGCAAAUAUUUCUAAUAAACAAAUUAAUCAUACAAAUUCAUUUAGAAAUAAUUCACCUACCCACUCAACUCGAAUUGACAAUCAUAAAACAUUUAUUAAAACACCACCUACUACAUUUCAGCCUAUUAAUAAUAGAAAAAGAAGUAAAUAUGAUGAAGAUUCACCUCCAAAGCUUAGCUUAAAAAAUAAACGUGAAGAAACUUAUAGCAACCAAUCUCAAUUUAAUGGCUUUCAUACUGCAAAAACAGAAUUGCAUAUUCAAGUUAAAAAACAAAACAAUGUUAAUUCUAAUACUUCAGAAACAUUAAUUAAAAAAUCUUUGGGUGUGAAUAAAUCUCGCAGUGUAAUUAGCAAAUUUGUCAAUCCAUCAACUGAUAAUCACAAAAAAGAUGAAGUAAAAUAUGAAUCAACAAUUGAUGAAAAUCCAUAUUUAAAAAAUAUCGAUCCUAAAAUGGUUGAAAUGAUUAGAAAUGAAAUAAUUGAAUGUAAAAAUCUAAUAACAUGGGACGACAUAUCUGGACUACAAUUUGCUAAAAAUACUAUACAAGAAUCAGUAAUCUGGCCUCUUUUGAGACCAGAUAUAUUCAAGGGAAUUCGAAGACCACCUAAAGGAAUAUUACUUUUUGGCCCACCUGGUACCGGUAAAACUUUGAUUGGCAAAUGUAUCGCUUCUCAGUCAAACUCAACAUUUUUUAGUAUAAGCGCAUCAACUAUUACAUCUAAAUGGAUUGGAGAAGGAGAGAAAUCUGUGAGAGCUCUUUUUGCAGUAGCAAGAUGUCAUCAGCCUGCAGUCAUUUUUAUUGACGAAAUUGAUUCAUUAUUAUGUCAAAGAAGUGAACAAGAACACGAAAGUUCUAGAAAAAUUAAAACAGAAUUUCUUAUUCAACUAGAUGGAGCUGGUACAAAUGAUGAUGAUAGAAUAUUAAUUAUUGGUGCUACAAAUAGACCCCAAGAAUUAGAUGAAGCAGCCAGAAGAAGGCUUGUAAAAAAACUUUACAUUAGAUUGCCUGACUCACAAGCUAGAAAAGAUAUGAUUAAAAAGUUAGUGGAUUCAGAAAACCAUGUUCUAUCCGAUGAUGAUUUAGAAAAAAUUGCCUCUCUCAGCAAUGGCUAUUCUGGAGCAGAUAUGAAAAGUCUAUGCCAAGAAGCAUCUCUUGGACCUAUCAGAUCAAUGAGUUUUGAUAUGAUUAAUAAAAUUGAAGCCGACCAAGUACGGCCAAUUAAUUUACAAGAUUUUCUAUCUGCAUUAAAGAUUGUCAUGCCCAGUGUAUCUUCUGAAGAUUUAAAUCAUUAUGUAACAUGGAAUGAAAAGUUUGGGUGUAGUGAUACUGGACAUUGUAGUUCCCAGUCAGAUAGUUAAAUAUAGCCUAAGUAGUUAAUGUUAAUCAAUUAUUUCACUAAGCAAUAAAUAUUUUUAAGUAUUAGAUUUUCAAACUUAUUGUGUUUUUGAUUAAUAUUCUUUAUGAUU